AUGGCUGCAUGGGUGGUGGACGAAAUGAAAAAUUACCCCGUAACACAUGGUAUGAGCGUUAAAAACUCCGUAGAACUGGUGGAUUAUCUAAAAGAUGUAGAGAUAAGAAGAGGUGAAGCUCUAGUUUCAUUUGAUGUCACUGCUCUGUUCCCCAGCGUUCCAGUGACUGAUGCAUUGAACAGCUUGCGCAGACACCUAGAACGCAAGAAAGCACCACCCAAUCACAUCGAAGCAUAUUUGCUGAUUACCGAAACCUGUAUGAACCAAAACUUCUUUUCGUUCAGGGGGAGGUUUUACAGGCAAGUAUUUGGGCUCAGUAUGGGCAACAAGUUAUCCCCACUUUUGGCAGACCUUUUUAUGAGUGACUUUGAGGUGGCACUAUCGACCGAGAAAUACUUCCCUCGAGUGUGGAAACGCUAUGUGGACGAUAUUUUUGCAGUCGUGAAAGAACGCUAUCUUAUACAAACACUCGAGUUGUUGAACUCCCGUCACAGAACGAUAAAGUUUACGGUAGAGAAAGAAACCGAUGGGUCACUGCCAUUCUUGGAUCUGACGAUAAAGAGAAACGGAGAUAACACACUGAAGUUCUCAAUAUACCGAAAACCAACAGCCACAGACAGAUACAUAACAUCCGACUCUAACCAUUACGGCGCCCAGAAGCAAGCAGCAUUCCAUUCUAUGGCACACCGCCUAUACAACAUACCGAUGGACAGAAAAGAUUUUGAAACCGAGAGAAACAGGAUACAUAAAGCUGCUGAGUUGAAUGGGUAUGACAAAGACUUUGUAAACAAAAUUCUCCGUAAACAUCAACGGAAAAAACACAGGCUAAAUUGCACAACACUAAAACCGGAAAAAGAAGAACAGCAUAGAAUCAGUCUUCCAUUUUACCCAAAAAUAACCAAUCCCGUCCAAUCCGUACUACAGAAACAUGAUUUCUAUGCUGUUUACAAAAGUGAAAACACCUUGAAAGAUCUGUUGUGCAAUUCAAAAGACAAAGUACCCCCGGAGGAAAAAUCAGGUGUCUACCAAAUCCCCUGCAAAAACUGCUCCGCGGUUUACAUUGGCCAAACACGACGGAAAUUAAAAGUGCGACUGCGAGAGCAUAAGAAUGCAGUUGACAACGAUCGGGCUAAUGAAUCGAGCGUGGCAGCACACACCAUAUCCCAAAACCAUGCCAUCGACUGGGAAAAUGCAAAAUUAUUAAAAAAUGUACGAAAAACAUCGAACCUAAACGCAUGGGAAUCAAUGUACAUCACCACCGCCGACAAUCCAUUAAUGAAUGAGGAUGAUCCCCCAAUACUCUCUUCGCUCUUCCACCUGACAAAGCUGUAA